CAGAAGAAGUCUAGGUGGUCGAGGGGGGGGCCGGGGGACGCUAAGAGAAUAUGGACCGAGUCGAGGAAGAGGCGCUGAAGAUGGACGUUCUCGAUUUGCUUUGCGUCUGGAGGGUCUGCACGGAGCAUGGAAGCCGAAAAGGACCGGCGUCGAUUGGGUUUUGAACCGCAGAGGAUGAUUUAGUGGCGCAGAUAUGGCGAGCAAAAGCCCCCAUUUGGAUCCGAACGUUGCGCGUUCCAUGCCGGCCGCGCAAGUGUCGAUGGCGGCCGGUGCGCAAGAUGGCAAAAGCAAGAGGGGGAACUCCGGCUUGAGACGCCCGGAAAAGCCUCCGUACUCCUACAUCGCCCUCAUCGUCAUGGCCAUCCAGAGCUCGCCGAGCAAGAGACUCACGCUGAGUGAGAUCUACCAGUUCCUGCAGGCGCGCUUCACCUUCUUCCGGGGGUCUUACCAGGGAUGGAAGAACUCCGUCAGACACAACCUGUCCCUCAACGAGUGUUUCAUCAAACUCCCCAAGGGCCUCGGCAGACCCGGCAAGGGCCACUACUGGACCAUCGACCCGGGAAGCGAGUUCAUGUUCGAGGAGGGAUCCUUUCGACGCAGACCCCGCGGCUUCCGCAGGAAAUGCCAGACGCUGAAGCCCAUGUACCGGAUGAUGAACGGCAUCGGGUUUGGGGCCAACUUCGACUUCCAGGCGGCGUCGGGGGCCCCGUUAGUGUGUCAUAACGGCUACAACCUGGACUUUAACGCGGGGGGCUUCGAGGGGCAUCACGCGUCCCCUGCGGGCUCCAGCUCCUCGUACAUGGCUGCGUGCCAGGUGGCCCCCGGCGCGGACUACUGCGGCCCGGACAGCGGGGGGAGCUCCUUGCAGUCCUCCCCGGCCAUGGUGGGGCCUCUGGACUGUCAGAGCCCGUAUGGCACCGCGGCCUCGCACUGGAGCUCACCUGCCGUGCCCGCAGCCUACAUCAAGCAGCAGACUCUGCCAUCGAACGGCAGCACCGGCGCGCACGGGAUGGCGUCUUAUUCCCUGGAUCAAAGCUACCUGCACCACACCGGGCGAGAUUCCAGCGACAUGCCAGCUGGAUUGUCUCGGUACCCCAGCCACUCCUCCCCAGUGUGCGACAGGAAGGAUUUCGUUCUCAGCCUGAAUGGGAUGUCCUCUCUGCACUCCGGCUCUGGUGGCGCUUAUUAUCAUCAUCACCACCAUCAUCACCAGCUGCACCAUCACCAGAGUGCCUAUCAGGACGUCAAGCCUUGCGUCAUUUAACCAAUCCGUGAAUGUUCUAUUCCUCCUCUAUCACGGCGUGACGUCAUGAACUCAGUAGACUUAUACCGACCGACCGAUUGCACACAGGACGUCUCCAGGAACACCCGCAUACAUUUAUGUUAACCUAUGCACUUAUUAUUUUUGGAGAACUAUCAUUAAAGGGAAGUAUUAUUUCUGAACUGAUUAGUGUCAUAAUUUGUAUAUAUAUUUUUUGAAUUAAAUAUACUGUUACUUGCACUAGCUACAUUUUAAACCAAUCAUUAUUCUUAUUCUUAUUGUUUGCGCAAGUACUGUGGCUCCUUAUUAUCUUGUUAAAACUGAAACUGCAUGUCCACAAUCUCUUCCCAAUAUCAGGAUGAUUAAUGCUAUAUUUUUGUUUUAUUUAAGAGUUAUUGCCAACCUGUUCUGGUUGAAAAGCAGCAAUUUUUUCUACAUUUUGAAUGUAACUUUUUUUCCCCACUGCAUGGCCCGUACCUCUUUUCUGAUCCUCUGUCGCUAUCUAGUGGACUGUAAAAGGCAAAGAAGGUUAUUUUCAUAUUUGGAUAUCCAGUAUAAAGUUGAUAUUUUCCA